AUGGAUUCCUACCCUCCUGAUUUCUAUUUUUGCUACAAUAUAAUUGUUCAAGGUGCAAAAAAUGUAGUUAAUGCUUGUCGAGAAUGUAAAGUUAAGCGGCUGAUAUACAACAGCUCUGCUGAUGUAGUUUUUGAUAAUGCUCAUGAUAUAUGUCUUGGAAAUGAGUCCAUGCCGUAUUCUGGCCAAUUUCGGGACACGGUCACUGACCUUAGGACUCAAGCGGAGGCACUUAUCUUAUUUUCCAAUAAUGUUGAUGGCCUUCUAACGUGUGCUCUUCGUCCUUGCAAUGUAUUUGGGCCCGGAGAUAAACAUCUUUUACCCUUGCUGGUGAAUGUGGCAAAAUCCUGCUGGGCUAAGUUUAUUAUAGGAAGUGGAAACAACCUCUCAGACUUCACAUACAUUGAGAAUGUUGCCUAUGCUCAUAUUUGUGCUGAAGAAUCUCUAAGCUCUCAGUUGGCAACUGUAUCUGGGAAGGUCUUCUUCAUAACUAAUCUUGAGCCAAUGAAAUUUUGGGAAUUUGCAUCUGGUUUGCUGGAGGGCUUGGGCUACCUGAGGCCUGUCAUCAGUCUCCCUGUUUGGGUGGUCCACCAUAUCGUUUAUCUUAUAACAUUGCUGCAUGUGAAGUCAGAAUCCAAAAAGCUUGAUCUAUGUGCUUCUAUUUAUAUUAUUGCUUCUUUAGCUUCGCGUACGAGGACUUUUAGUUGUUCUGCAGCACAGAAUCAUAUUCGAUAUUCACCAGUUGUCUCCAUGGAAGAAGCGGUGAAGCUAACCAUUGAGUCAUUCUCCCACUUGACUGUAGACCCAUCUUUCACGAGAUAUAAGGACUCCAAUGUACCGUCAAAAGUGGAGAAGCUAUUAGGCAGUGGAGAAGUUGCAGAUAUUCUGUUGUGGAGGGAUGAGAGGAAAACCUUUCUUUCUUUCUUAGCUCUUGCUCUCCUGUAUUACUGGUUUUUCUUAUCGACUGGAGCUUUUAUUUCAUCACUUGCUCAGCUGCUUCUGCUGAUAACUGUUUCUCUUUGUGGACAUCACAUUUUACCAUUGAUUGGAUAUGGAUCCAGAGUUCCUAGAUUAUCAUCAUCAUGUUUUGAGAUCUCGGAAGCUGACAUGAGAAAUUCUUUUUUCACCAUGAAAUGCAUGGUGGAUAAAAUAGAUUGUCUGAUAAAGUCACUGGCACAAGGAGAAGACUGGUAUCUCUUCUUAAAGGUGUCCAUGUUCCUGUACUUGUGUAAGGUGAUCAUUCCCCAUUACCUGACUACAGCCAUUGGUUUGGCAUUGAUACUUUCGUUCACCUUGUGCUACGUGUAUGAGCAAUAUGAGGAGAAAAUUGACGGGAUUGCAGGAGUUGCAUACAACAUUGGUGUGAAGACCGUGAUCUUACUCUCAAAGAAAUUACCCGCGCCCUUAAGCUCGGUUUUCUCACGCUGUAUAUCCCUGGCAGAGAAAAAAAUUUAA